UAGGCUUUGGGAUAAGGAAUGAGGACAGCAGAAUAGUCAGCUCAGUAGCGCCGUUCAUAGGGGAAUCUUCUCAUCUGCUCUGGCAUGGCAAAUAUGAAAGGGCUUGCCUAGGUAGGGAGUAACAGGUUUAAUGAAGAGUUUAUGUGACAGGCCAGUAAUUUGUGUUCCAAGAAGUGGAGGUGAUGGAUAUUUUUGUAAAGUGGAGACAGUAAAGCUGGACAGCGUUGGUAAAAACCCAGGCUAAAUCCUGAUGUGCUGCACCGUGAGUUUGGCCUUUCUGGAGGAUGAACUUUGCAGUGUUCCAUUUAUCCACAUGUCAGCCACAAGACACAAUGAACACCAUGUCAGAGCCUGAAGGAUUAGCUUCAAGUUCCCACACUUUCAAGACCAAGACAUUCAAGAAGCCCAAAACCUGUGCUACCUGCAAACAGGUGAUCAACAAAGACGGAGUUUCAUGCAGAGUUUGCAGAUUGGCCUGUCACAAGAAAUGUGAAACAAAGGUGGUAACUCCCUGUUUGCCACCGGUCAACUAUGAACUGCCAGAUAAUAGAGAUUCAUUCUUACGUCAUGUAGCCAGGACGACGUCAAUCACUAUUUCGAAGAGUUUAUCUUUCAGUUGCGAUAAAAUAUCACGAAGUGUGGAUCACAUUAUGGAGGAAGGCUGUGAACUUGAUCUGACUUACAUCACCGAACGUAUAAUUGCAGUUUCCUUCCCCACUGCAUGUUCAGAGGAGACCUACCUCCAUAACUUGCAAGAUGUCACACGCAUGCUUAAAUCGAAACAUGCAGACAACUAUUUGGUGUUCAACCUUUCAGAAAAAAGAUAUGAUCUCUCAAAACUUAACCCCAAGAUCAUGGACGUGGGCUGGCCUGACCUUCAUGCUCCCCCUCUUGAUAAGAUGUGCACCAUCUGCAAGGCCAUGGAGAGCUGGCUCAACAGCGACUCCCACCACGUGGUGGUGAUUCACUGCAAAGGCAGUAAAGGUAGAAUUGGUGUUGUAAUCUCUUCAUACAUCCAUUUCACCAAUAUAUCUGCAAGUGCUGAUCAAGCAUUGGACCGCUUUGCAAUGAGGAAGUUUUUUGAUGAUAAAGUUUCGACUUUAAUGCAGCCUUCACAAAAGCGCUAUGUUCAGUUCCUGAGUGGUCUUCUGACAGGCUCUAUGAAAAUGAAUGCUUCACCCCUUUUUCUGCACUACGUCGUUCUUCAUGGGAUACCCAGUUUUGACAGUAUUGGAGUGUGUCGACCAUUUUUGAAAAUCUACCAGGGAAUGCAGCCAAUGUACACUUCAGGAAUCUACAAUGUAGGCCUGGAGAAUCAGAGCAGGAUAUGCAUUGCCCUCGAGCCAGCACAGCUGCUGAAGGGUGACAUAAUGGUAAAAUGUUACCACAAGAAGUUCCGGUCAGCUACACGUGAGGUUGUGUUCUGCCUUCAGUUUCACACUAGCUCAGUGCAAGGUUAUGGCUUAGUGUUUGGCAAGGAAGAACUUGAUAAUGCAAACAAAGAUGACAGAUUUCCAGAUUAUGGGAAGAUAGAGUUGGUGUUUUCAGGCAGCCCCGAGAAAAUUCAAGGUUCUGAGCGCUUGCAAAACGAUCAUGGUGUGACGGUGGAUUACAGCACUGCUGACCCGCUUAUACGGUGGGACUCCUAUGAAAACAUGAGCUCAGAUGGUGAAGUGCUGCACACUCAGGGGCCUGUUGAUGGGAACCUCUAUGCCAAAGUGAGGAAAAAGAGCUCUUCAGACUGCAGCCUAGCAGUGGGGGCCCAUGGGGUGGCAGUGACCAGCAGCCCUGACCACAGUGACCACACCUUGUCAGUCAGCAGCGACUCCGGCCACUCUACAGCAUCAGUACGGACAGCCUGCACCUCGGGGAUCAAGCGAGGACUGAGUACGCAGGAAAAAGCUGAGCUUGACCGCCUCCUGAGCGGGUUUGGCCUGGAGAACCCAACUCCCUCCAAGGAAAUGUCAGGAGGGAAUCAGCUGAGUGGUGUGCAACACGUUGUGCCUGCCCAGGUGCAUGUCAAUGGGGAGGUCAAGCUCAAGCACAGGGAGACUGACAUCCUGGAUGAUGAGAUGCCCAACCACGACCUUCACAGUGUAGACAGCAUAGGCACCCUCUCGUCCUCUGAGGGCCAGCACUACAACCAUCUUGGCCACUUUGGCUUCCACAAGAGCAGCCAAAACUCAUUGCUGUCAGAUGGCUUCUGCAGCAACACUGGUGACGAUCAUCAUACCUCCAUCGCACCUGACCUGGACAUCAGUGUGGACGUCUACGAAAGGGCCUUCAGUGACGCUAAGCAAGGCUACCUGCCACAGAGAAACCCCCCUGUUUCCACGGCUACCACCCCCAAGCCUCAGGCUUUUGGACAGAGCGGUUACUCCACGCAGACUUGGGUACGCCAGCAACAGAUGGUGGCUGCCCAGCAGUAUAAAUACUCGCCAGCUGAUAGUAAUGUGAGGACCUCCCCAGAGAACAAACAGAGCAACCCUGAGACUAAGCCCAAGCAUCCAAAUACCUCCACUAGAGGGAGCAGCAGCAGGGAUGCUGUGCAGAGAGGGAUAGUUGUUGGGUACCUUCCUACUGCCAAUAAGAGUCCAAAGGAAACCAAUGGUUUGGACCACACAUGCAAGGAGGAGGAUUUGCCAUCUUCACCCACCUUGGAUAUUGAUCAGUCGAUUGAGCAGCUGAAUCAGCUGAUAAUGGACCUUGACCCCACAUUUGUGCCAAUCCCUACGCGUGUGAAUUCUGUAAAGAGGGGAGGCAUGGCUCAGAUGAAUGGAUCUGCUUCCAGUAAAGAAGGGGUUGCUGCCACCAACAGAGUGAACACCACGCUUCAGGAAAAAAGAGAAGUGGAGAUUUCGCAAAACAUUCACCAACCAGAUGUUCAAGCUAAUGAUACAACAAAUGGAAGGACAAGGAAACUAAGUGUUGGUCAGUAUGAUAAUGAUGCAACAGGACACUCAGUAUUCAGCAGGUCUGGGUGGAUGAAGGCUGAAAAGUCCCAGAACAUACUAUCAUAUACUACAAAUGUGCAAACUUCAGAGCAUGUUUCAAGAUACAGAGAAGGCAAUGAUGAAAUAGAUGGCAGGAUCAUGUCUCCAAUGGGAUCUGCCAAUGAAAUGGUUCCUCCAACACCAGCCUUUCCCAUCUCCCCUCCAACACCUUAUGAACCCAGAAAUUACAUGGAAGGCAUAAGCCAAUCAGCAGUGCCAUCAGACAGCAAUGUGGGAGCCAUUUACAGAACUGAUGCCCAGAUGACAUCCACUUCCUGUCAGAGACCCUUUGGAUCUAUUUGUUCAGUUUCCACUGGUAGACCAGUCCCACGAACAGAGAGCCCCUUGUCCUCUGGGCAGCCAUGGUUAGAGAGUAACUCAAAGACCCAUGUUUCCCUUCAGUCCUCUUUGACCGGGAUGAGCAGGUCCGUCACCCACUAUCUUGGCUGUGCAGAGUUCUCAGCCAGCUCUGUCAGCCCCAGUCAAGACUUGGUUCUUCUGUCCCAGUACACUACCUCCCAGGUAUCCCCAAACAGUCACAGCUCUCCUAGGGAGCUUCAGCAAGAUAAUCUGGCCAACGACCAAGGCACCAAAGCCUGCCGGAGCUACAGCAGUAGCAGCAGCAAUGUCAGUGGUGGGCAACAGUUUGAUGGGCAACACACUUCCAUGUUCUCCAGUCUCCCUGUGGGCACAAACUCUCCCUGCACUGAGAACAUGCAGGUGUCAGCCUUAUUGGACAAUGAGAAUCCACAGCACAAUCUGCUAAUAGCAGAUGGGGGACUCAGCCAGCACAGCCCCACUUUAAGGCCCACAGGCAUGAACAUGACUUUGCAACCUCCCCUCCCAGAAAAGAAGAGGGUCUCUGAGGGAGAACGUUCUUUCUGCUCCAUAUCUCCUUCCUCAAGUGGAUUUUCCAGUCCCCACAGUGGGAGCAUCAUCAGCAUACCAUUCCCAAGUGUCCUUCCAGAUUUCUCCAAAGUUUUAAGCACUUCAACUGUGCCAGACAGCUCUUCAAAUAAGCAAGUGACUGUAAAAUUUGUACAAGACACCUCCAAAUUCUGGUACAAGCCAGACAUCUCAAGGGACCAAGCGAUUGCAGUCUUGAAGGACAAAGAGCCAGGUUCUUUCAUUGUUCGAGACAGCCAUUCAUUCCGGGGUGCAUAUGGACUGGCGAUGAAGGUUGCCACACCCCCUCCUUCUGUCCUGCAGCAAAACAAGAAAGUGGGAGAUUUGUCCAGUGAACUUGUCAGACAUUUCCUAAUCGAAUGCACACAAAAAGGAGUAAGGCUAAAGGGCUGCCCAAAUGAACCCUACUUUGGAAGUCUUACAGCAUUGGUCUGUCAACAUUCCAUUACCCCACUAGCAUUACCAUGCAAACUCAUCAUCCCGGACAGAGAUCCUCUUGAGGACAUUGGAGAGUCGAUAUCACAGUCUGCAACAAACUCUGCUUCUGAGCUGCUUAAACAGGGAGCAGCCUGCAAUGUGUGGUAUUUGGGCUCAGUGGAAAUGGAAUCCCUCACUGGCUAUCAAGCAGUGCAGAAAGCCGCAAGCGUAUCUUUAGCCAUGGAUCCUCCCCCAACCUCCACUGUGGUGCACUUCAAGGUGUCGGCUCAAGGCAUCACACUCACUGACAAUCAGAGGAAACUAUUUUUCAGAAGACACUAUACUGUCAAUACUGUUAUCUUUUGUGCUUUGGACCCACGGGACAGAAAGUGGACAAAAGAUGGAGGCUUUUCAAAAAUUUUCGGAUUUGUGGCAAGAAAGCAGGGAAGUGCAACUGACAACGUGUGCCACCUCUUUGCUGAGCAUGACCCAGAGCAGCCUGCCAGUGCCAUUGUCAACUUUGUGUCAAAAGUAAUGAUAGGCUCACAGAAGAAUAAAUAGUACAACAUACCCACCCUCAAAAAGAAGUGACUUUUCGGUUUGUACUUUUAACAGGUUGUACAAGACUAAUGAAGAUGGUAUGUGUAAGAUCUAUUUUGGAAGGGGUUCAGGGAAAGAGACCAAAUUAGGAAAGGGUAAUGUGUGUUUAAUAGCACUGGUCUGAGAUCAGAGGCUUACUUAAGAUACAUGGCUGACGAAUGGUUUUAUUAUGUCGAGGUUAAGGGCGAACGUUGGGUUAUAUAUGUGUCACAAAUUAAGAAAUAAAAGGACAACUGAAGGUUAUUUUAAAUGAUUGAGCAACUAAAACAGAAUGGACCUGUAACAUGUAUUUAUAUGUCUUUACUACAACAUUUGUAUUAGACUGCAAAAAACUGCCUGUUUUUAAUUUUGCACACUUGUCAUGUGCCUCAGCUUUACCUUUAAAAAAAAAAAAACGGAUGUUGAUGUACCUUUCUGUAGGUUUAUUUGUAAGGAUUUCCUGUUGAAAGGUCAAGGAUUUAAAGAUGCAUUAUCCACACAAGAGCUUAGACAAGAACUGAUAUGAAGUACAUUCCAACCUGCUCUCUGAUGGCUCGUUCAAAGCGUUUCGAUGAAAACAGACACAUUUCAUUACAUUUUCAUUAAGAUGGACAAAAUACUAAGCUAAUUGCAUUCUAAUCAAGUAAGGAGUGACCAGGGCAGUUUCCACAAACCUGAAUAGACCCUAUUCUGAUCUUGUUGGACUAAAUAUGGCAUUCUGCUUUUUCGUAAUUGAGACCUAAUGUUGACUUUAAGUUUUUGAGGAAUUUUUUGCUAAACUGAACAUAUUUUGUUGAAAUGAUAGAAAAUCUUGUAUAAACCUUAUUCAUGAAGGGGAGGUCUUUUAAGCUCACUAUUAGCACAGGUUUUCUACACAGGCUACUCAGGAGUUUAUUUCACUCAUAAGCUGGAAUGGUUUAAACCAAGUGUUUUCUUAUACAUCAGGUUAUAUUGUGUUCACAAAUGAAUUUAGAUAAACCCCGGCCCAAAACUAAAAUCGGCUGGAAUCACAGAAUUACAUUAAGUAGUCAAAUAAAGGGAUUGCUCAUAUCCUGUUGUAAAUGAUUCUUGCUUCUAAUGCAUUUCCGUUGGAUGUGCCAUUCAGUGUGGUAUGUACUUCAAAAGAGCAUUGUUUAGAUUAUCAACAAAAAUGGAAAAUGCAUCUUUUAAAACCUGAAAACUGUGUCUUGGAUUAUAUCUGUUAUAAAUAAGAAUCUGUUCCCGUUAAUGCUAUAAAUUCACUAAUUAUGCUAUUAGAAGAGUCUUAUUAAGUUGCAUCCCUCAUAUAUUUUAUUACAAGAUAAAAUAAGCUUUAUGUCUAUUUUUUUCUAAUUAUUAAAAUCAACAGUACAAAGAGAUGGUAAUGGUAAUAAAAACGUCAUACUCCCAGGACCUGAAAUUCUUUUCAUGCCAAAAACAAUAUGGCUAAACAGCACUUUAUGCUGUAACAUAGCUGUAUUAUCAUAAAAACAAAUGUUAUAAAUCUUAUAUUCAUGUUUUAGUAAUCACAUUGGUAUUAAUAUGCUAUAUUUGUAUUGCUAUUUGUUCUACAGUGUUAAAUGUGUUAUGGAAAUGCUAAACAUUUGUUUAUAAACAUUUUCAGCUUACUUGGGCAAGCUAUAUCAUUAAGGUUUAUGUAAUGUUUCCUGCUGUUUGCAUUACUUGUUCUAUAUUAUGUAGCGUUCUUUUAAGCCUUUUGUAAAAACUGUGUACCCAUUAUGUAAAUUGAUGUUCUGUAAUUCCUUGUAUAGGCAUUUUCUCUACUCAUAACUACCAGCUCAGAUUAUAAUAAAAUAAAGUAUAAUACA